UAGUUCAAGUAGAACUUGAAAUUUGAACUACCCAAUUUGUCUUCGUGUGACAGCAAAAUAUUUUGAUUGAUCAUUUGAAUCAAAAACCGAAUAUGUAAUUACAAUUUUCCCAAUUUUAUUUCAGCUUAACUUGAAUUUCUCUACGGAAUCAUGGAUCUUUCUGACAGCGAAUUGACUGAAAGUACUGACGAUCAAGAUUUCUUCAUCAAUUUUGAUCCAGAAGUCCAAUCUGCUAUUGAGGAAGUAUUGCAGAAAAAAGAUCCAUUAGAUGAGAAAGACUUCAAUACAAUCGAUUACAUCAAUAAUCUCUUCCCAACGGAACAGUCCCUGUCCAAUAUUGACGAAGUAGUCAUGAAAUUCGAGAAUAAGAUUGUUACGAUAGAUAACGAAAUUACCACCAUCAUUCAUGGACAAGUAGAAGCUAGUCAGGAGGGUAAAGAAGCCCUGGGUGAGGCACAGUCGGUAAUAAAAGAAUUAUUCUUCCACAUCAAGGAUAUCAAAGAACAGGCCGUAAAAUCAGAAGAAAUGGUUAGAGAAAUAACUAGGGAUAUCAAACAAUUAGAUUGUGCAAAGAGAAACCUAACUCUUGCGAUUACAACGCUGAAUCAUCUGCAAAUAUUAGUUGAAGGGGUGGAUAACUUGAAAGUUCUAACCCAGAAAAAACUGUAUGGGGAAAUAGCUUCACCACUGCAGGGAAUUAGUGAAGUUAUGGCGCAUUUCGAAAACUACUCGGACAUUCCGCAAAUCAAGAGCUUGGGGGACCAAGUUAGACAGAUACACUCGGAACUGGCCGAACAGAUUAACCUGGACUUCCGAGAAGCCUUCUCGAAUGCAAGGAGCACCAUUCCUAACAAGCAACUCUCUCAGGCUUGCCUCGUGGCGUCAGUAUUAGAUUCUUCAGUGAAAAAAGACUUGUUAAAAUGGUUUGUAGAUCUGCAGUUGGAGGAGUACAAUCAUCUGUUCCAGGAAACCGAAGAUACUGCUUGGUUGGAUAAGAUCGAUAAAAGAUACGCGUGGCUGAAGAAGAACUUGGUGGAUUUCGAGGAUAAAUUAGGGAAUAUGUUUCCGCCGAAUUGGGAAGUUUCGGAAAGGAUUGCGGUUCAGUUCGCGCACCGUACGAGGGAACAACUGUCGAAGAUCAUGGCCAAGAGGAAGGGGGAGAUGGACGUGAAACUUCUUCUCUAUGCCAUACAGAAAACUACGGCUUUUGAGAAUCUACUCAGUAGGAAAUUUACGGGUAUCACUAUAACGGAGGAAAAUCCUCAGUUGGUGGUGGACAACAUUGAUAAUCCCGAAUUUUUAUCCGUGUUCGACGGGUUGAUUGGUAAGUGUUUUGUACCCCACUUGGAAAUCUACAUCGAUAGCGUGGAUAAGAAUCUCUGCGAACUGUUGGAAAGGUUCAUUAUAGACGAGAAACAAGUAAGGAUGAAUAAAAUUAAGGUAAGGAGUUGUACAUUUGGUAAUUUUCAGAGUAAACCAACUGAGGCGACAGAGACUCAGGCGUCUAUCCUACCCAGUUGUCCGGACCUGUUCGUUUUCUACAAAAAGAGCCUGAUACAAUGCGCCCAAUUGGACAAGGGUAAAACCAUGCUGGGUCUGACCAACGUCUUCCGUAAAUAUCUGGAGCUCUACGCCGAAAAACUGCUUCAGAACAACCUGCCCAAGAUGGAACCGCAAUCUCUGGGCACCAGCGUGUCGAUGCUCACCAGGGACAUCCAGAAGAUGUCCACGUCGGGUCUCAUUCAGAAUUUCUCGUCGCUGCUGAAAGAGGGCGACGCCGUCAAGUUGAGCAGGGAGGAACAGGGCAGGAUCUGCUGCAUCUUGACCACGGCCGAGUACUGCGUCGAGACCACCCAGCAGCUGAGCGACAAGCUGAAGCAGAAGAUCGAGCCCUCGCUCGCCGAUCAGGUGGAUUUCACCAAGGAACAGGACAAUUUUCACAAGGUGAUUUCGAAUUGCAUCCAGAUCCUCGUGCAGGACCUGGAGAACGCCUGCGAACCGGCCCUGACGGCCAUGAGCAAGAUACAAUGGCAGUCCAUCGACGCGGUCGGCGAUCAGAGUCCGUACAUCUCGUCGAUCUGCAACCACCUGAAGAACAACGUGCCCACGGUGCGGGACAACCUGUCCCAGUCCAGGAAGUACUUCGUGCAGUUCUGCCUGCGUUUCGUCAACCAGUUCAUACCGAAGUUCGUGCAGACGGUCUACAAGUGCAAACCGAUGAACACCGAGGGGGCGGAGCAGCUGCUGCUGGACGCGCACAUGCUGAAGACGGCGCUGUUGAACCUGCCGUCCGUCGGGUCGCAGGUCGGGAGGCCGCCGCCCGUGGCCUACACCAAGGUGGUCACGAAAGGUAUGACCAAGGCUGAGAUGAUCCUGAAGGUUGUGAUGACGCCGAUCGAGCCCAAUAAAAAUUUCGUGGAGCAGUGCAGGAAGCUGCUGCCAGAUUGUCAGCUAUCGGAGUAUUAUAAGAUACUGGAUAUGAAGAGUGUCAAGAGGCAAGAACACGCCGUUCUUGUGGAGCUGUUUAAGUCUAAAUAGAUUAGUGGAAGAUUUGUUAGGUGUAUUAUUGAAUUUUUAUUUUUAUGUU